GCAAACCCAGCCGGCCGGCAGGGGGGCAUUGUGGGAUCUCGGAGGACCGAGCCGCGCUUGCAAGCCUGUCCGGCGAGAGGGAAAGAGAUUUAAAUAUAAAAUAUAUCAAAUAAAAUCAAACCGCGGCUCAGACUCCCAGAUAAAGAGCUAACCCCCGAGGAAAGAGUAAAGAGAGCCGGGAGAGCCCCCGCGGAGCCGCUUUCAGGGGCGGGGGAGCGGCUUUUAGAAGCGAGCGGCCUGCGCAGCCUCGGGCUUUCCUGAGAGGCGACGCCGCCGCUGGGGUCGGGAAGCCCGGCCUCGGAAGAACCGUUUAUUUGUUUUUUCUUUCUCUCUAUAACGUUUAUUUUUGUCGACCUACUUUAAAUACAAGCGUGUAUAUUUAUUAUUUAUUAUCCCCCAAAACCCCUUUUUGAAGUAUUAUUAUUAUUAUUUAUUAUUAUUAUUAUUAUUAUUAUUAUUAUUAUCUGUACGUCUGCUCUGAAUGUGACGUCACCCCGUCGUUUAAAGAACCGUCCAGGCAAGAUGUUUUGGAAGUUUGACCUCUCCUCCAGCUCCCAGUUGGACAGCGUCCUGUCCCGGGACGGGGUUGUCCUCUCGGAGGUGUUGGACGAGGAGGACGUCCUGCAGGAGUGCAAAGUGAACAACCAGCGCCUGGUGCAGUUCCUCACCCUGCCUGAGAACAUGGUGGCGCUGGUGAGCUACGUGACUCAGGAGCCCGGAGAGGAGAUCGACGAGAGGAGGAGAUACAAGUACCCCAGUGUCUCGUGUGAGAUCCUCACUGCCGAUGUACCCCAGAUUAAUGACGCUCUGGGUGAUGACGAGGCGUUGCUGGACAGGCUGUACUGCUUCCUCCAGCCCAGCGGGGGCGCCGGACCCCUCAACCCGCUGCUCGCCUCCUUCUUCAGCAGAGUCAUGGGGCUGCUGAUCAGCAGGAAGAGCGAGCAGAUAAUCUCGUUUCUGCGGAGGCGUGAUCAGUUCCUCUCUCUCCUGCUCUCUCACAUCGGCACGUCUGCCAUCAUGGACCUCCUCCUGAGACUCAUCACCUGUGUGGAGCAGCCCUCCCUCAGACAGGACGUGCUCAACUGGCUGAUUGAAGAGAGGGUCGUUCAGAGACUUGUUGAAAUGAUUCACCCCUCGAAAGAUGAAGAGCAACACUGCAACGGCUCCUCAUCCCUCCUCGACAUCAUCAGACUGAAUCGGGAUCAACUCGCCCACAUCCAGCUGAGCCCAGAACACAACCAGCUCCUCAGCAUCUUAGAGAGACAGGACACUGUGGAGCAGCUGCUGUCCAACAUGUUGGACGGGAGUCCCGUUGAGUCCGUCCUCGUGAACGGGAUCCAGGUUCUGCUCACGCUGCUGGAGCCGCGCAGACCCAGGCCGGAGCUGGGUGGGAUCGGGGGCUUCUUCAACAUCGACGGGCAGCUGGAACUCUGUAACCCCGGAUACGACCCCGUGACCCCGCCCAGCGGCCCGGGCGUGCUGCAGGCGGUCAGACUGAGAGUGAAGGAUUUCCAACAGCUGCUGACUGAUCCACCCAGGAAAGAGCCAAUCAGAACGACCUGUGGGGUUCUGGACCCGCCUCUUGGCUCCGUGCGCCUCCAGGUGGUAAAACUGCUGAACUGCAUCCUGCAGGCGAACCAGCUUUCGCUGUUCGAAGAGCUGCUGAAAUUCAGAGUCCUCGACACCACGCUGGAUCUCUUUUUCCAGUACACCUGCAAUAACUUUCUGCAUACUCAGGUAGAGCAGUGUGUGGGUCUGGUGCUCUCGAACCCGUGGCCAGGGCAGGAGGACCAGACAGGAGAGGAGACUCCCCCGAGCGCUCGGGAGAACCAGCUAGUCCAACAUUUAUUAGAAAAAUACAGCUUGAUUCAGAGAGUCCUGACAGCAUGGAAAGAAAAUGAAAACCAGCAGAGGGAGGGAGGGAGGAGGCGUGGCUACAUGGGUCACCUGACCAGGAUAGCCAACCACAUCGUGCAGAGCUGUGAGAAGGGGCCCAACCAAUCGCUGACCUCGGGAAUAAUCAAAGGUAUUGAUCCCUAUUGAAAUUCUGUGUCUCUGAGCCUGCGCUGCUUUGACUGUUGGGUUCAGGAGCAGCGUUGCCGUGGGUAAUGUGAAUCAGGACUACAGCUC